UGUCGGGAGCAUCAGGCCGUUCGUGGUGUCAUGCGCCUGUGCUGGACACGUGCUUCGCCGAGUGCCCUAUAGCCGCGCCCCUCUCAGCGCACCAUGCGACUGUUGCUGCUGCUGCUGGCGCUGGCCGCCUGCGCCAGCCUGUUCGAGGCAAAGCGUCGCACGCCGCCGCCCAUCAAGGGGGACGACGAUCAUCGUCACGUACGACGGCGACACCGCAAGUUCUCAGUGUGUCACUUUGGAAAGCAAACAUACGAGUUGGAGGCCAUGUGGAACCCGGACCUUGGCUCGCCAUUCGGCAUCAUGUACUGCGUCCAGUGCGAAUGUGUACCGAUACACAGAAAGAAGCGCGUGGUCGGCCGCGUCAAGUGUCGCAACAUAAAGCGUGACUGUCCCAAGCCCAGCUGCAAAAACCCCGUGCUGCCUAUCGGCGAGUGCUGCAAAACCUGCAGCGAUGACGCGUCUCGCGGCAGGUCACGUGCUGACCUCGUUGAUGAAGAGGACGAGCCCAACGGCAAAGAGUUUGCCGUGCUGAUGACGGGCCUGACGUCGUCGCCGCCGAACCGGACGUCCGCGGUGGCCACCGGCCGCUUCCGGCUGGCGCGCCGCGAGCUCACCUACUCGUUCUACUACGAGCGCAUGCAGCGGCCCGACCGGCUCGUCUUCUUCAACCGCGCCGUCAGCAUCGUCGAGGAGCUGGCGAUCUCCAGCACGGAGUACGAGCUGCGCAGCCAGAAGAUCUGCGGCGUGUGGAAGAAGAUGCCGCGCCGCUACCGGCGUCAGCUCAAGAGCGGCCACUUGUUCGUCGGCAUGGCGUACGGCGACGCCGUAGAGGAUAGCAACGGACCGCUGGGCAUCAUCAUCAGCGGCAACAUACUGAGGUACCGCGGCCUGCAGACGGAGAAGUUCAGCGCGCUGCUGGUGCCGCCGGAGCCGAGCUCGCCGCCGUCAGGAGCCGGCGGCACGGCUGUCGUCUCGCUGGCCUCGCAGACGGGCAGCUUCCACCUGACCCUGGUCAGCCGCGGCCUCUGGGGGCCCGAGGACACCACCGACGGCCAGCUGGUCGUUCAGAUGAACGCCCGCAAGAGCGACAAGAUGACCCUGGACGAGCUGGUCAACGUGGCGCGCAUCAAGGACGGCGAGACGAUCGUCGAGGCGACCACGUCACUGCUGCGCGGCGAGAUGCGUCAGCUGGCGCGCGCGCAGCUCUACAUCAAGGUGUUCUCGCGCCAGCACCCGGAGCGCCAGUUGGGCGGCAUCAUCAUGCCACGCAUCGGCUGCAACAUCUUCUCGGCGCUGCUGUCGGGCGUCAAGUCGAGCGACUCGCCGCCGCCGGAGACGACUGCCUCAGGCCUGGCCACGCUGCGUCUCUGGAACGACGGCCGGCUGGACUACGCCAUCCGGCUGCUGAAGGUGCAGUCGACCGUGCUGCGCAUCGGCAUCGAGACGGACAACCGCGGUCGCGGUGGCUCCCGGGCGCCCUACGAGGUGGACGACGUGCUGCCGCAGUACCUCAACGGCUGGGCCAACGGCACGCUGCGCCACAUGGUGGCCAAGGACGUGGAGGCGCUGCUGGACGAGCACCUCUACAUCAACGUGGGCACGGAGCUGUACCGGAGCGAGCUGCGCGGCCGCAUCACGCAGCUCACCGUGAGCGAGGCCCGUCAGUCCGACGCGCCCAUCAUGCUCAUGUCACGCAACACGUCGUCGGCGGCCGUCGCCUGGAUGGCCGUCGAUGACGACUGCGCCCUGCACUACAAGGUUCAGGUGGCAGACCGAACACGUGGCAACCGGACGCAUCGAGCUAGUGGAGUUUCCGGGCAGGAAGCGUCGCGAGCGCGUGCUGGCCGAGUUCGGCGGCUCGCGCGCGGAGAACCGCAUCAACAACCUACCCAAGACGACCAUGAUGCGCAUGGAGAAGGGCCUGACGCUCGUCAAGGUGGUGCCUCUGCACGGCGACGACGAGAUGAGCAGCAAGCACGCCAAGCAAACAUCUGCCUGCCGCUCUGUUUGGACAUUGGGCAGAACAAAAUGCAGGUGUUCGUCCCACAGAGCUGCUUGCCAACGCGACGAGUCCACAUGCGUGGGUACUUCAGCGACCAGAGCGAGGAGAACGAAAUCAGACAGUCAUACGACUGCGAAUAUGAAGAGCAAGUGUACGAGGACGGCGCACAGUGGGACGCCCAGCACGACAGCUGCCGCAUCUGCAGCUGCAACCACGGCCGCGUGGUGUGCGAGAGGAUCGUGUGUCCCGACAUCGGCUGCGAUAAUCGGCUGAGCGUGCCCGGCGCCUGCUGCCCCGCCUGCGACAACAAGACGGCGCCGGCGCCGACCGGGGAGCCGCGAGGCUGCUCGCUGGCUGGACGGUUCCGGCCUGUCGGCAGCAUCUGGCACCCGUUCGUGCCGCCAUUCGGCUUCGACAAGUGCGUCACCUGCGCGUGCGAGCAGGCGAGCGCCGGGACGGGCCAUCCCCGGGUAUCGUGCAGCAAGGUGCCGUGUCCGGAGCUGGACUGUCCGGGCCGCGAGUACAAGCCGCGCUCGGGCACCUGCUGCCGCCAGUGUCGGCCGCCGCCGCCGCCGGUGCCGGCCCAGCCGCGCAUGCUGGCCAGCACCAGCCGAACCGGUGAGAUGCAAGAUCAGGGUCGGGAGCUGACGCCCGAGGAAGUGCUGCAGGCCGGCGGCUGCCGCAAGUCCUCGAAAUUCUACCGGAAUGGCGACCAGUGGAACCCGCGCAUCGUUACCAUCGGCGUGCUGCCCUGCGUGGUCUGCCACUGCAGGGACCGCCAGAUAUCGUGCUCGCGCAAGCAGUGUCCGAAGCUCACGUGCGGCCUCACCAAGAAGCAGCCAGGCGAAUGCUGCGACGUGUGCCGGCGAUCGGCCGAGCCAACGGCGAUCGGCGAUCGGCCGGGCAAGGCGCCAUCGGCCAACGGCGAUCGGCCGGGCAAGGCGCGGCGGCGCCACGCGCCGCGCUACCGCCGGACGUAAGCGGCGUCGCGCGGCGCCCCCACCCACCCGCGCCCGCCGCACUGGCGGGAAGUACAAAGCCGAAACAUUGCGUGCAAUGUGAGGCGGCGCCGGCCGCUGGAGGGGACCGCGGCGCGGCGGCCGCGAGCCCAGCGGCGCCGCCCGAGACGCACCGGCGCCGCCGCCUGUAUUCACCGGAGCGUGGCCGGGGCGCCACCUGUCUAUAGCCGCGCCGGCGUCCGGGCCGGCGCGACGCGGCGCGCGCCGCCCACUGCGUACCUGUACAUAGUGCCAUAGCUGUAAGUGUCAUAGCGAGCGGGCUGGCGGCGCCGGCCGGGAGCGGGCGGGGGCGCGGCGUUCUGCCCCCCGACCGCGGACCGUCGCCGCGCGCGCGGCCCAGGCGACACGCAACGCGCGACCGACGGGGGCGAAGAUUGUACGCUUAUUGUUGGUGCCAGUGGCCGGUGGCAGACGCAGUCCGAUUAUUUUUGUAAAAAUGCACGGUGGACGCGGAUCGGUUCAGCUUGUGCGCGCGGCUGGGGGCGAGCGGCGGUCGAGCGUUGCGCCGGCACUGUGUGUGACAGGGACGCGGGUGGGUGCGCUUCAAAACGGACCGGCCGCGCGAGCCGCGAGCGCGGAGCACGAGAGGAAACGGCGCGGAAUUGAAGGCAGCCGAUGAAGACGCUGAAGAUGUGAGACGAUCACGGCUGCUGCUCUCCUUCUCUGGUAAAGUUAGGCUGCAGGCGGUUGUGAGUGCAAAAGGGGGCAUCAGCAAGUCAUUAGGAUAUCGGCGUGCGUCGAGCCCGCGCGGAGUCGGGGGUGACCCGGUUGUUGUGAGUGACCCUUAGGCCACGCGACUGUGAGCAGCAUCGAGUCAGAUAUAUUUGUUCUCAGGGUCGUCUGUUAUAGGCUCGUAGCGUAGCUAAUCGCUGUCGUAAGCAUUCGUCCAGGGGUGUCACGGCCAUUGGCGUGGCGGCGCAGUAGCGAAGGCCACUCUUGUGUCGAUUAACCGCGGAGGGAGGGCGCGCCGCGGGAUGAGGGCUCCCGUCCCAGUCAUGGCUUUAGGCUUUGUUCAGCUGUGCCGUUCGGUGGCGUGCACUGCGCUGGCCGCUCUGACCGGCGAGACCGGCCGGUCGACGCUGGCGCGUCCCGCAGCUGGUGGGCCCCCGUGUCGGCGCGUGAUGCCCCUCCGCUCCCGGUGCGUGGAGGCAAGCAGAGAGGGAGAGCGAGGCGAGGCGAAAAAGGAGAAUGAUAACGAGAGAAACGAUGGAGAGGUGAGCAUGCGAACGAGAGACUGCGCGCGUGUGCGCAAGGGAGCGAGAGCGUGAGAGAGAGGGAGGGAGGAGGUCAGCGCAGGGGAGAGCGCGCGCGCCGCCCCAGUCGGCGCUCCCGGCCAGCCCGGCAGCCCCGGUGUACGAGAUGUGAUACUGGGCAGUGACGGCGUGGGCGUCGCCGAGCGGUCCGUGUCAUGUAAAAUACAGCCACACCAUA